AUGGCUACAUCGCCGGCACAACCUCCUGUUUCAACUUCUCCACUGUCUUCGCCUCCGUUGAGCAACUCUCUUCCAAGUAACAAUGCUACUUCACCACCACCGCCGUCUCAGUCUUCUCCUCCGGCCACACCACCACCGUCUCAGUCUCCUCCUCCGGCCACACCACCGCCGUCUCAGUCUCCUCCUCCGGACACACCACCGCCGGUGACUUCGCCGCCUUUGGGCAAUUCUCUUUCGACUAACAAUACAACUUCACCACCACCGGUGACACCGCCGCCCACUCCAUCACCACCGCCACCAAACGAAGCUCCUCCUCCGGUUACAACUUCACCACCAAGUGGAUCACCUCCUCCUCCUCCUCCUCUGCCAACACCACCUGAGAUCUCUCCCCCACCGCCACAGCAAGUGACCCCCUCACCUCCUCCUGCCAUUCCACCACCACCACCGUCGGUGCAGACACCGCAGGCUUCUCCUCCACCACCUGCAUCAUCCCCACCACCAUUACCUUCUUCCCCUCCACCUCCUUCAUCUGUUCCUCCUCCACAGUCUUUGCCUUCACCACCAACCUCUCAAAUCUCUCCUCCUCCGCCCCCUUCAGAGCGUCCCAUUCAGUCUCCACCUCCACCUUCAGAGCGUCCCGUCCAGUCUCCUCCUCCACCUUCACCGCCUUCAAGGCCUCCCACUUCAUCUCCUCCUUCUCCUUCGCCGCCUUCAGAUCGUCCCGUUCAGUCUCCACCUCCACCACCAAAGGAUACUAGUCCACCGCCUUCAGGUUCUUUGCCACCACCAACAUUCUCUUCUCCCCCUCCUUUUCAAGAUUCUCCUCCCCAAGUACCUGUACCAGAUUCCAACAAUCCUACUCCUAGUGCUCCUGACACUUCAAAUCCAACUCAUAGCAGUAGUAGCAUUGGCACUGGAGCCAUCCUUGGCAUCACUGUCGCAGUAGCGCUUGUGUUGUUCACUCUCAUUGGCCUCCUUGUCUGGUGCAUAAGAAGACGAGAGAAACGUCUUUCAGCUGUUAGUGGUGGCUACAUUACACCCUCACCAAUGAGCUCCUCUUCUCUAAGAUCAGAUUCAGCUUUUUUUAGAACACAGUCAUCUGCACCUGUAGCAUCUACAAAGCGUUCAGGGAGUCAAUUCUCACAAUCUGGCGGCUUAGGCAACUCGAAGGCCUUGUUCUCGUACCAAGAACUAGUCAAGGCAACAAACGGGUUCUCGCAGGAGAAUCUAUUGGGUGAAGGUGGAUUUGGUUGUGUAUAUAAAGGGGUGUUACCAGAUGGGAGAGUAGUUGCUGUGAAACAACUUAAAGUAGGUGGAGGACAAGGUGACCGAGAGUUCAAAGCUGAGGUUGAGACGCUUAGCAGAAUCCAUCACAGGCAUUUGGUUUCCAUCGUGGGACAUUGCAUCUCUGAUGACCGUAGAUUGCUUAUUUAUGAUUUUGUCUCUAACAACGACCUUUACUUCCACCUUCAUGCAUCCAAAGAAGUUCUGGACUGGGUAACACGUGUUAGAAUUGCUGCUGGUGCAGCUCGUGGACUAGCUUACCUCCAUGAAGAUUGUCAUCCACGUAUCAUUCACAGGGACAUCAAGUCUUCUAACAUUCUUUUAGAGGACAACUUUGAUGCUAGGGUUUCUGACUUUGGUCUUGCAAGAUUAGCUCUUGACUGCAACACUCAUAUCACCACAAGGGUUAUGGGAACAUUUGGCUACUUGGCUCCUGAAUAUGCAUCAAGUGGGAAACUAACAGAGAAAUCAGAUGUAUACUCCUUUGGAGUUGUUCUUCUCGAGUUGAUCACCGGACGUAAACCUGUUGAUACAUCCCAACCAAUUGGAGAAGAGAGCCUUGUUGAAUGGGCACGGCCACUGAUAAGUCAUGCCAUUGAAACCGAGGAGUUUGGUUCUUUAGCGGAUCCUAAGCUUGGAGGAAACUAUGUGGAUUCAGAAAUGUUUAGAAUGAUUGAAGCAGCAGGAGCCUGUGUGCGCCAUUCAGCUGCCAAGAGACCCCGGAUGGGACAAAUUGUGAGAGCUCUUGAGAGUUUAUCUGCGGAGGAUCUAACCAAUGGGAUGAGACUAGGUGAAAGCGAGGUGUUUGACACAGCUCAACAGUCAGCAGAGAUCAGAUUGUUCAGAAGAAUGGCUUUUGUUUACAAUGCAUCAAGAACAAUGGAACAAGAUUGUGGUGCUUUUGCAGCAGAUUGUGUUGUCCUCUGUUGCUGCUGUGAGUGCUUUAUCCUCCAAGUCUUUAUCUUCAUCUUCUUCAAGACUCCUCGUAGAGUUUCUCACAAGAUGAAGAGGUUUGUGAUCAGGAGGCUCAGAAGAAAGAAGAGAAGAGACUCGAAAACCUUCUUACCUUCAAAGAAUGAUGAUUGCAGAGAAGAGAAGCCUUUGCCUGGUGAUGUAUCCAGAGUUAGUUGCAUGGAAGAUAUUGAGGAAGUGUUGCAAGAACUCUCCAUGGAGGGAGAGUUUGUGUUUGGUAGUUUCUGGCGACAAGGAGAAGACUCUACAAACGAUUUAGACUUCGGAAACUCUCAAUAUGAAAUAGAAGAAAAACAAUGA